AUGGCACCUGAGAUGUUGUCUUCCUCGAGGUAUGGGAAGCCCGCGGACAUGUGGUCUUUGGGGUGCAUCCUCUACGAGCUUUGCACUGGGCAAUUUAUGUGGGAGCUCGAUGGCAUCCUGGGAGCCCUUGUCAUGGCAGACUCCCACAGCGUUCAGAAGCUGGUGCAGAAGGAGAUUGCGCCUGCCGUCGGGAAUGAGUUGAAGUCACUGCUGAAGAAGCUUUUGCACAUCAAUCCAGCGAUGCGGCCCACAGCGACCACAUGCAUGAGGAAGAAACUCUUCAAGCGUGGGUUCAGCCUCUCCAAGGAAAGCUUUGGACAGUCUUUGGGCGAGGAGGGGGACAACGAGAUUUGUGAGGUCCUCUCCGGCCUCAGUGGAUCUGGAGAAGGUGAGCGACUCUCGACCAACGAGGACAGCGACUCGGACGGAAGCGAGGCGUCCUUCAGCCCUUACUCCAAUCUCCGCCGGUCGGACCUGCCCAAGCUGAAGCGACGUAAGAAAAAGGCCAAGGCGCAAGGCCGAAGAUCUUAA